CCAAAGCCUAGUAAAAUUCGCCCCCAAAAUCUUUUCUUCUCAGUCACAGAACAGUUUUCACGCCGCAAAAUAUCGAUCAGAACUCCAUCGUUCUCAAGCCCUUAAAUCCCAGUUUUCGAUUUCCCGCUGAAGACCUCGUCAGCGACGCACCAAUUAACAGCCGAGACCGAAAAUCCCCCGCCAUCGCCCUCCUCUCAGCGAAUCCCGCAACCCUUCAUAUUGAGAAGCACCGACGCACUCUGUUCGCACUAGGGAGGAGGAUGUCGAUCCCUUUUCAGCCAUGGCCGGCGAUUUCUCCAUUGCCGUUAUAAUCUAGGUUUAGUUGAUUUCAAAUAGCAAAGGAAGAUGACUCCAGUUUCAACUAAGCUGUAUACAGAUGAUGUGAGUCUCUUGAUGGUACUUAUUGAUACCAACCCAUUCUUUUGGAACUCGGUGAAAUCCACUCUCCCUUUCUCUAAGUUCCUCUCCCAUGUACUUGCAUUCUUGAAUUCAAUACUUUUGGUGAAUCAGCAAAACCAAGUGGUUGUGAUUGCAACUGGUUACAAUUACUGUGACUAUGUGUUUGAUUCAUCAGCCACACAGAGUCAAAACCUGCGUGCUGAGCAUUUGCUGCAGAAAUUGGAUGAAUUUGUUGAGAAAGAUGGGUCAAUAUGCCUUGAGGACUCGGUAGAUGGGCCUGGGUCCUCACUUCUAUCUGGAUCCCUCUCGAUGGCCUUAUGUUACAUUCAGAGGGUUUUUAGGUCAGGGCCGCUUCAUCCACAGCCUCGGAUACUAUGCUUACAUGGAUCUCCGGAUGGGCCUGGACAAUAUGUUGCAAUCAUGAAUUCAAUCUUCUCUGCUCAACGUUCAACGGUUCCUAUAGAUUCAUGUGUAAUCGGCCAUCAAAAUUCCGCUUUCUUGCAGCAGGCUUCUUACAUAACUGGCGGCGUGUAUGUGAAGCCUCAAGUGUUGGAUGGUCUAUUUCAACUGUUUUUGCGACUGAUUUGCAUUCUCGCGCCUUUUUACAACUUCCAAAGCAUGCAGGAGUUGACUUUCGUGCCUCAUGCUUCUGCCACAAAAACACAAUCGAUAUGGGCUUCAUAUGCUCGGUUUGUUUGUCUAUUUUCUGCAAGCAUCAAAAGAAAUGCUCAACUUGUGGGUCAGUGUUUGGUCAAGCCCAAGCCCAAGCCCAAGCCCAAGCUUCCUCGACACCCGAUCGAAAGAGGAAAAUGGCUAUGGAUGCUUAGAUUCGGUUUACUUAGUUUACCGUUUUGGAUUCCGAUGGUUUUGAUGCAUAAUUAUGCAAAUUAUCCCUCUAUGUUAGAAGGUUUUGCUAGUUGUUGUAGUUUGAUGGUUGUGAGUGAUGCGUAUUGUCAAUAAUUGUUGAGUUUAUUUUUCUAUCGACGGGAAAUGUGAGUGUUAAUUUAGUUCUCGGUCAAAUUUGUGCUAUAAAGCUCGUGAACACCAGAUAUAUGUUAGUCUAGGCGAAUCAUGCCCUAUCUUCAGACAACACAGGCUAAUCGCGUCCUAAACUCAUACAAC